AUUGGGAGAGGCUGUGCCUACAGGUCGGGGAGAUGCAGUUCCUAUGGCAAUGGAAAGCCCCUUCGUUUGGUAGAGGCCAUGCCUACACUAUGGGGUGAUGCAGGCAUGGCCCCCAGGCCUCCUCCCGUAUCCCUUCCACUGUGUAAACUGCCUCCACCCCCUGGAAACUGUCCCACUGCCCCCCAGUCCCACCCCUCUGCAAAAAUCGCUCCCUUCCUCCCCAAACUGCCCCCACAAGUGUCCCUGCUCCAGCCAGUCUCCAGCACGAGGGGCAUGUGCCACUGGCCCCUCUGCCAGCACUUUGCAUCACCAGUGCCACCGGCUCACCCGAGACUGCUGCCCGCUGACAGUCCAGGCUGCUUGGAGACAGCUUUUCACCAAGUGCCAGCGGACUCAAGCUCCCUUUACCAGACAGUUGUUUCCGUGCUGCGUAACUCAUAUUUGGACGCCGCGUCUCGGAAUGGCUUUCAGUACAGUCGAGUGACUUUGGUGAAGAACGAUCUCUUUUUAAACGAGUACAAAUCUUUUACCCAAGAAAAGGAAGCGAGUGGCUAUACGAAGGAGGAGCUUGAAGAGACCUACGCAUUUCUUCUGUUUGAUAAUGAAAGAGAGGCAAAAGCGGUCUGUCAGAAUGGACUUCGUAUAAACACCAGCUCCCUUACCACGCUAGGUGAUCCAGCAAAAGGGACGUAUGUUUCCAAGUACUCAGACUACCUUCAUCCAAAGCCCUGGUAUCAUGGAAAAUCUGGCUGUAUUGUCAUUUUUAAACUAAUUAAGGGAAAGGUCAAGUUUGUGCCGGAGACCCACACAGCGAAUUACACCCAUCCGACUCCUGGAUAUGACUGCCAUAUCUCUGUGAAUAUAAAUAAUGUUUCCUCGGAGACUAGUCAUUUUCGGGCCUUCGAACUGACUCAGUAUUACGUGUAUGAAUUUGCCAGUGACAGUGUUGUGGAGCGCCCUAGACAGAUCUGUCCCUAUGUAAUAAUAGCCUUUCAGUACACUGAACCUAAAAGAAUGCCAGCAUUACACUAUGAAAGCAUAAACGAACUUGAAAAUAAAGUAUUUUAUUGCCCAUGGAGAGGGCAGCUUUCUAUUCAAGGGCAUCUGUUGUGUGAUAUCGCCCUGAAGUCCCCAUAUAGCACUGUGAUUCCCAUACACCUGCCAGCCAAACUGGAAAUGAAGUAUGUCAUGGGCGUGUCGGAUUUGAAAAAAAAGCUCCCGGAAGCUGCAUUUAGGAAAAGUAAUUACACUCAAAACAAAGUGUGUUAUCAGGACACUUACUUCAGUUUGUAUGAAGUGGAAAUAUCAAAUAAAGACCAAUAUAAAAUGGAUCCAUUAUUAGAAAAGCUAAAGGAAAAGGAGUUGGCAAUCAUCAAAUAUUUACAAGAUCACGGGUUUCUUAUUUUACUUGCAUCCUCUGCGUUAACAGGGGACAAAGAUUUUGACUUAGACAAGCCCAUCAAUCUCCAAGCGUUGUUUUUAUUCACUUCCUCUAGAUCAGUAGGUGUGACAGUAGAAAAACAAGAAGUGAACUGUGAAAAUGAACACAAUGAGAUCGCUUUAAAAGUAACCUCUAUUUUGCCCGGCCUUCACUAUGCCAUACAAGAAGCAACAAAGUGUACCUCUGAGGAGGGAACCCAUUCCAGCCUCUUGGUUAAGCGGUGCUUCCAGAAAUUUGCCAAACUUGGUAAAAAUUCACCUGCAGUGGCUGGCAAAAGUGACAAUUUGUCCUGUUCUUUGGAUCGAUCACCAAAUACGUUUGAAAAUGUUUCUCCUUCUGAAAAAUGCCCCAAACCGUCAUUUUCUCAACUGCAGUCUUACAUUUCCGACCCCAGCAGCUAUUCUUUGGAAAUGUCCAUGGCCUUAGGAUAUUUGGCAGACAGUCCCAAAUCCUCAUGCGGCGUUUCUGACAGAACUUGUGAAGCUGACUUCUCUUUGGUUUUGCCACCAGACUCGGUACCUCCUGACAUAGCAGCGGAGAUAAGAGUUGAAACUGAAAAACCAAAGCACACUCCGGAACUAAACCAUUUGCAUGAAGAUGCCCAGGGAGAAACAAACCCAGCAGGGAACCUGGAGAUGCAGCAGAAUAAGAGGAAAUCCAGCAGAGACAUUGUGACUAGCACAAAGAAGAAAUGGGUCCCUUUGAAAAUAUUUUCUGUGGUAGACAGCAAUAGAAAAGGGACCCCCCAAAAAAUGAACAUUUCUUUUCCUUUUCCCAAAAAACAAGGGCUCAUGACAAAUUCUAAUGAGCCCACACUUAAAUUAGCUAAUUUGCAGUUUCCGCAUAAAAGGAAAAGAGGUGCAGAGGUUCUGUCUGCAGAAUUUGUACACAGAACACAAUCUGAACCUACAACUAAAGGAACUUCUUCACCUGAAGAUAAUGCUUUGGAAACCAAGAAACAAAGGCAACUGAAAAAAAUAGAUGCAAAAAAGGUUUACACUUCUGAGAAGGUCCCAGAGCAAACAAAAAGUAAGACAAUAAAACCCGUAACUAAAGAGAGCUGUAAGUCGAAAGCCAGCAAGCAGUUGGAAUCUGUAAAGGAAGACGUUUUGUCACUGUCCUCAGAUGAGAUUCCGUCGGAAAGUCAAGAGACAGUCAGUGGUUCUAAUGAGACUUGCACGGAAAGCGUGACUGCUCAAGACGUCAGCCGGACUCUAAAAGAAAGUAACUGCGAAUCGCAUGCUUUGAAUAUGCUGGCUGAUCUAGCUCUGAGCUCUUGCAUUCCUCCAUUUUCCCAUGACGAUAGUAGAGUUUCCUCUCCCUGUGACCUGACAAGAGAGCGACGUUCUCUUCGUAAAAGGAAGCCUUCACGAAUUGCUUCGGAUCAUGAAUACCACCGGGUGGACAAACAGCUAAAGGGAGAAUCCUCUUCUAGCAAAACACAGAAUCAGAAACUUUCUUCUCCUGAAAAAUCCGAUGCGAGAAAAGACCUUGCCGCCUUCCCAGAAGAAAAAAGCCCUGUCAUUUCCAGCAAGAAGAACUGCACCAGUCCUAGCUCUGCAAAAGCCGGUCCAUUGCUUUCCCAGGAGGCGGUAGAUACUCCAGAUAUGAACAAGCAUUGUUCUAUCGCCUCUGAGCACUCCUACGCUUUGCAGCUGUCAGAACAUUCUAAAAAAUACACCCUCCCCAAAGGAGGCCUGGGUCCCGCUGCUUUCCGAAAUGGCGCGAAAAGUGCUAAAGCCGGCCCGCUGGUUGGGAAAGUCUUGCCUUUCCGGCAUCAGCAGAACCACACUCACGCGCAGAAGCAAUGUCACGACGUGGUGGUGAAACGCAGACGAGGCACACUGUUUUCCCGGUGCAAGGAAGACUUCUCCAAGUCUCACACGAUCAAGAGCUGCGAGGGGUCGGUGCAGGUGACGUGCCGAUGGGACGCGGAGUACGUCUUCAGUUUAGAUAGCAAAUACACCAACAAUUCUUUAGAGAAAACCGUCAUUCGUGCUCUGCAUGGGCCUUGGGAUCCAGAUAUGCCCGAUGAUGUGGAAGAAAUGAAGCUUAUUCUUCACAUGUGGGUAGCUCUGUUUUACAGCAAACCUAGCAAAUUCCUAAGAACUACGAGAAAGGUGGUAGAACACAGUAACCCCGAAAAGUAUGUCUCGAUAAACAGUAGUCUGGAUGCUUUGGAAUUGAGCGAUGAUUGCGAAAGCUCUUUUGAGCUAGAAAAGUGCCUUGCCGACUCUCAAUCUGAGGCCAACCAGACUUCCAGCCAGACGGCGGAUCCUUCGGAACUAAGCGAUGACUGUGAAGGAUCUUCUGGCUUGGAAAAAAGUCCUGUCGAUUCCCAGUGCAAUCAGAUUUCCAGCAGUGUCCAAAGCACGGUGUCGUCUGCCUCUGAGAAGUUGCUUUCUUGUGAUGAACCAUCAUCCACGAGUUGCAUAAAGUCCUAUAGAGACGCUGACUACGAUGACACCAGCAGCCCUCCUUUGAAAGACGGGCCCCAGGAGGUUAUUGUUGAUGGAUGUGUAGAUAUUGUCCAUUCAUUCAGUAAGGUCGAUGAAGAGGACAGUGAAAGAGAGGAAUUGCCGGAGCCUGUAAUUUCUAUCAGUAGCUCUGCCUACGACCCUUCUGGUAAACCCAACAAUACAAAGAUAAGACCUGAAGAACUUUCCUUUGAUGUCUCAGAGGAAACAUGUCAUGCUCUUGAUUUAAGUAAAGUUUCACAGAGCAAGACUGCAUUUUCCCAGAUUGGAUUUCCGAAGAAGCAGGAAGAUGAACAGCCUGUGAUUAUUAACGAUGGUACUGUCAUUCCCGAGGAAAGAAAGGGAUUGGACAACAUGACUCUCUCUCCAGAGCAUAAAGCCAGUUGUCAUGCUGAUGGGGAGGAAUCACUACGUCUUUGUGAAGCGGUACAGUUAGAAGUGAAUACAAAGAGCACAAAACAGGAUAGCCCCUGUGGAAAAGAGAGUGAAUCAUAUGAUCCAUUAGAAAAUCAAGGAGGAGAGGAGGAGGAGGAGGAGGAAAAAGAGAACGAGGAGGAGGAUUUUGAUUAUGAAGGUAUAAAUGUAGAACCUAUUGAUUUAGCACUUUCUGAAAGCAAUGAUGCUGAUCUGGAACAUGAAGAUAUGGACCAAGAGCCAACCAGUUUAGAACUGCUCAAGGAAACUUGCCUACCUGAAGAGAGCAAAGCAACCAGUCCUGUGGACUCAGAGGAACCCUUUGAUAGCAUAUUAACUCUAACAUUAUCACCUGGUUCAAGUCCUGCCAACGAAGUACCUUCUGAUGAAAUCACACCGUCUCCAGACUCACUUCCAGAGAACCCAGAGGUCACUGACAAAUCAGCUGCAGAAACUCAUGAUGCAGAUUUGGAACAAGAAGAUACAGAUCUGGAUCCAAUCACUUUAGUAUUUCCUACAGAAACUUGCCUCUCCGAAGAAAGCAAUGCAACCAGUCCAGUUGACUUGAAGCCACCCUCUGAUUGUGAAUUAACUUUAUCACCUGGGGCAAGUCCUGUCCGGGAAGUACCUUCUGAUGAAAUCACACCGUCUGCAGAUGCGCUUCCAGAGAACCAAGAGGCCAUUGUCCAACCAGCUGAAGAAAUGAAGUCCUUGGCACAAAGUGACUCCGUAGAAGACAGCCAUGUUUCUCAGGAAGACCGAGGAACUGGUUCUGCUGAUGACACUUCUCUGAGGAUUGAAGAAUCAGAUCAAGUGCAAAGCCAUACAGCGCCCCAAGGAGAGCAAACAAGCUCUUCUACUGACACGGUAGAGCUGCUGACCAAAGCUGCAGGAGCAAACGAAAUCCCGUGCUUAGUCUUUGAAAAUACUCAAUUGGAAGCGAACUGUGCGGCUGAGAAGAGCUGUGACAAUUUUCAGAUUACCGGCGUCUGUUCUUUUGCUAAAAAGUCACCAUGUAAUGAUGAGUUAAACCAGGUAACUAUGGUCACGACACACGAAGAAGAUGAAACCUCUCUUUGCCAAUUGGUAACACCAGCUUGUACCUUAUCAAUGGAUAAUGAAAAAUUUUUCGCUAACGAACAUUUGGACUUGAAACAGAUGAACUGGGUAAACCAUCAGUAUCCGCACAGUCCUGUUUUGAGUGAGGAAGAGACAAGUCCAGCUGAUAAGCCCACGCAUGCUGACCCAGGAGGGCUAGUUGGUACUCCUUUUCAGGAACAUAGCCAGCCUAUUAGCAGAGAGACUGAACCACACAGAAGUACAUUAGAGCCAAAUGAGCACGAUCCGGCGCUUUGCAAAAAUACAAAUUCUGACCACACUGAUCAAAGAGAUGAAUUGAAAGUACAUGCCAUCUCUGAGGGUCAAACAGCCUUGUCUGCUGGGGAUGGUUCCUCAAGUUCUUGUGAUACCGAGCAACCAAAGAAAGACAAAUGUCUAGAACGUGAAAUCUCUGUCGUCAAAAUGGCAGAUUUACUGGAGAGCGAGGAAGAGAUUUCUCCUGCGAACAAACCCGCCAACCCGGAACUGUUGACGGGUGUUGCUUUUCAGCCACAUUGUAUCCCCAUCAGCACAGAGGCAGAGGUGCAAAAAAAUGCAUUAAAGCAAAGUGAGGAGGAUUCCGAUUUUUCCAGAAGUAUGAAUUCUGCCCACGCGGAUCAACUAGAGGUGAUGGAGGUAGCAUCUUCUGCUGCGGAAGACGAGGCAGGUUCCUGUUACACAGAACAGGCAAAACCAGAUAUGUGUUUAGAACAGGACAUCCCUGCCAGUAAAGUAGCAGACUUACCAGAGACGGAUGACAAAGAGCCCACGUCCUGUGAGGAAUUUGAUCCAGGAAGCACUAGCCCUGCUGCGAGCACUGGGUCUAUCCCAGAAGAAGAGGAGGAACAGUUCACACAAGCAUGCGACCGGAGCUCAGUUUAUGAACUCACAGAACGGCAGAGUGAUUAUAAGACAGAAGACUCUAAUAUGUUUGUUGAUUUGCAUCAAACUGAUGCAUCGGGCACUAGGGAAGAAAUUCAUGUUUCCUCUCUUGGCAUGCCUACAGCAUCAUGUGUACACGCAGACUCUAGAGAGGCUCUAGAACUUAGUGAUACUGACAGUAUUUUGAAGGAACAUUUGCCCAACCUAGGUACACCAUUCCCUCACCACGAUAGAGGUGGACAUUUGACCUUUGAAAAUUUAUCCUAUGAGUCUUUUUCUGGAGACUCUGAGCAGGAGUACUUUGGAGAGAUUACACAUCCCACAGCUAAAUGUCAGGGGUCUUGGAGCACAAGAGCCAUUGAUGUGAUCCAUGCAACAACCACCACCAGGACUAAUUACGAUUGGUCGUGUAUACGCUCAGAAUACGAAAACAGUAAGCGUGGUGAGUGGGGCGCCAAAAGAUUUUCCCUUGUAGAGUCAGGUUGGUGUGUGGGAUUUAGGGAUGAUGAUAGAUACGUGCCACCUUUUGUCAAUAUUAAAGACGAUCAGGGCACCCCACGGGAUUAUAGAAACUUUACUGUUACCAAAAAACACAAAGACAAAACUAGAAGGUUACACUCUUCAAAGAGGCCUGGCCAUUCUGUGGAACGCUCUGAUUUAAUAAGCUCCUUGACUAGGACCUGGAAGGUUAUCGAUGAUCUUACCCAGAACACUUUAGACAUGGAAUGUCUGCGCUUCAGUUAUAAGCUAAAACAAGUAAUAAAGAGCCAGAAAUCACGACUUUCUACCUCCAGCAGUAUCUUUCCAAACAAGUUUUCUCCCCAGCUAACGGCUGAGACUUUGCCCCUGAGAGAGGCCCCUGACAUAUCUAGUCUAAAUGCACCAUCCAGGAGUAGGAGCCCCCUUUUGGUAACGGUGGUGCGUUCGGAUACAAGGCAGCAUGGUCCCCGUUGGCACCCAAGAGGCGACAGCUACGCGGGUUUUGCUGAGCCUCCGCCCUGCGUCCCAUGGCGGGAUACAUUUCGCAACGAACGCAGCGCUGCCAGAGUCAAAAGGCAGGGCCAUGACUAUGCUCUUCCUUUGCACCUCAGUAAGUUAAAAUAUGACGAUAAGCUAAAAGAAUCCCGGGGGGAUAUUUCGGUCAUUCUGAACGAAUAUGCCGAGUUCCCCAGCGCGAUGCUGAACAGUGUACAUGCGGGUAACAAAGGAAGAGGUCCGAGCACUACCUCAGAGGAGCCUGCUGGCAAAAGGAAAAAAUGUACCUCUUUCCCCAAACGAACCACCUCCUAUGAGCACAUGAUCAGUGAUCUAUGCAACACUCUACACUACCGACUGAAAAGUGUUGUGAAAGAGGCCUGCAAAAAUGCUUGUAUGUUCUACCUAGUGGAAACAGAAGAGGAUCCUUUCUUUGUGAGAAUGAAGAGUUUACUGAAGAAGGGCGGCCACACGGAAAUCGAGCCUCUGAAUUUCUGUAAAACACAACACCCAGAGACAGACCGACUGCUUGUGAUUAUUAGAAACGAGGACAUCUCUGUGCAUAUUCACAAGAUCCCUUCCCUGUUGAGAUUAAAGCACUGUCCAAACGUAACGUUUGCCGGAGUGGACAGCCCCGAGGACGUAACGGAUCAGACGUACCAGGAGCUGUUUCGCAUGGGGGGGUUUGUGGUCUCUGAUGACGAAGUGUUGGAAACGGUAACGUUAGGUCAGCUGAAGGAAAUUGCUAAAACGUUGGAAAAGCUGAACAGUUACGGAAGAUGGAAAUGGCUGCUGCAUUACAAAGAAAGUAAAAAACUAAAAGAAGACACAAGGGUGAAUCCUGCAGCCCACAAGAAGAACUUGAUCCUGAAAUCGGGCCAGGAAGCGAAUACCAUCGAUGUCCUUCACUACCACCAGUGCGACUCCAAAUCGGGCACCAAGUCCGAACAUCUCAAGUGCUUGUUGAACUUGCAGGUUCAGCAUGUCAGCGCUAGGUUUGCCGUGUACCUCGCAGAGAAGCCCAGCACCUGCCGCGAGAUCUUUGAAAGCAAAGGGAUCCUCGUCACUGAUGUAAAUAACUUCCCCGGGACGGUGCAAAAGCUGGUGGCCCCCUUUCACAGCAGCUAUUGGUGAUGAAUCUCACACCCGGCUCCGCUGGUUCCAGGGACAAAGACCGAAGCUUUUGUUAGACUAUUUUAGGCGAAGGUAACUUGCCUGGGGUCUGCUGUUACAGAAUAAAGCUCUGGGUGCAGAAGGCAGAGGGGGUAGCUUCCCCAGUUUUUAGCAAGCAGUUAAGAAUUGCCGGUGCGCCUCAGUAGAGAGCAGGCGCGCCCUGCUCUAGCGGCAUAGGAACCGAACAGUUUUCAUGUAUACAGUGUUUUAAAUUAUUUGUUUUCUGAAGUUAGUGCAGCUGCUCUGGCAACAAGAGGGCAGGAUCAGUUUACUUGAAGAGUAGGAGCCGACAGUCCAUUUUAGCAAGCGCUUUGUAUAAAGGCGCAGUUCUGUACAUAACACACAACGUGCAUGUGGUGUGAGCAGCGGGGUUGUGUACAUUUGCCGCAAGCGUGCGCUUACUGCUCCCUCUCCACCGGUCUGCGACUGGUCACUCCCCCGACACUACGCCCCUUUCUCCCUGGUGUUCCAAUGGUACCUUCAAACCAGGGGGAAUUCAGUUUUCCACUACAGGGAACUCAUGUACAUAGCAGAACGAGCGCAUUCUGGAACUAUUUAUGGUAUUCUAAAAAGAAAAUAAUGUGUUUUGAG